UCGUCACCGUAAGCAGCAAACGAACACUUCCCAUAACGAAACUCUACUUUGGCGAUGUGUCGGAGCCUAGCUAUGGAAUUCUACAGCUUAGUGACGUGGAAUGCCUCGGAGGUAAUUGCGCUUGAACUCGAAAGCAUAUCGAUCACACCUUCCUCUUACUUUAACAUGACCGAUCACGGCUUUAACCCUUCCGCUCUAACCGAUGGCAAACUCGACACGUGUACGAUAAUACCGGAACCGGAUUCACUGAGCAAGUCGCACAGCAUGGAUUACAUAUACAUGCUGAGGUUGGCAACGGAGACAGCGUGGGGAUCUAUUCGUAUCGAGAUAGCGACACGGGCGAUCGGCUGCACUCCCUCCACGCGCGCUUCUAGAGUCAGCAAAAACAUGGCAGUAGGUACCGCUUUAGGUGUUGAACAACAGUAG